AUGAUGCACGGUCUGUGGCUUGUGGCGCUGAGCGUCGUAGCCGCACAGGGCUGCAGUGACUUCCUCUUGAACAGGACGAACGAGACCAUCUCGGCGCGUACGAUGGACUUUACACUCGACUUGAAUGCGCACCUGGAGAUCGUACCGCGGGGCACCCGCCUCCGAGAGCCGCCGGCGCAGAAUUGCGCCAACAACUGCAGCAGCUACGCGUGGGACGCGACAUACGGCUUUGUCAGCGUCAAUGCAUACGGCGCCAACGUGGCCAUGGACGGACUCAACGAAGCUGGGCUCUCGGCAGCGUGGCUGUGGCUCGACGCGACCACAUAUCGCACAACCGACGCUAUGGAUCCUCGGCCUGUCGUCACAUCGGUGGUGUCGCACCUCCUCGGUACUUGCGCGUCCGUCGACGACGUCCGCGCCAAGCUGGCGACGAUCCAAGUGGCCGAGAUCGACCCGACACGCUUGAUCAUGUUUGCGCCGGGGACACCGGUGAUUGAGUCGUACCCGCUGCACGUCGCUGUCCAUGACGCAUCCGGUCGCAGCCUCGUGCUUGAGAUCUUGAACCAGACGCUGCACGUCUAUGAGAACCCGAACGGCGUACUCACCAACGACCCGCCGCUGCUGGACCAGUUGGCGGCGCUUGCGAGCGCCACGUCAUUGCCGUCGGGCUAUGGCUCGACCGAGCGUUUUGUGCGUCUCUCGAUGCUCAACCGCCACCGAGACCGCGUGUACGACCCAACGACGAGCUACGGCGCGGCGUCGAGCGAGCAGGCGGCCGUCGCCUCGGCCGUGCACUUUCUAGGCACGGUGCAGACGCCGCUGGCGGGCGACAACGGCGGCGGCACCGAGUUUGCUCUUGUGCGCGACCAUGCGCGCCGGAAGCUCUACUUUCAGUCGACGCAAAACCUCAACUUGCGCAUGGUCGACUUGAGUCGCAUCGACUUUGCUCCUGGCGCCAAGCGACGAGCACUCGCCGUGACGUUUGGGCGCUGGGUUGAUGACGUCACGGACGCGCUCGUGGCGUCUACGACACACUCCAAGUACAUUCCGAACCGGUCGCACUUGGACAAGGCGUUCGACUCGCGCUCGACGCAGUUGGCGCCGCCAACGUUCCGCGGUUCGAUUCCCACGAUCGUUGUUGUUGUCGGUGCCAGCAUCGGCGCCGUCAGCGUCAUCGGCGUAGCGUUGCUGCGAGAAAGCAACCGCCAAGGGUACACCCAUGUCGGUUAA